AUGCAAGGCAGCAGCAGCCCCGCUCGAACGGACCGCACCGCCGAGUUUUUUGGCAUCGCCGACGCGCUUCACGAGCUCGAUGGCCGCGUCGCGAGCAAGACGAGCCUCUUCGACGACCCGGCGCUUGAAAUCGCCGAGAUCUCGGGCCUGAUCAAGCAGCACCUCGGCCGCGGCCAGGCCUUUUGGAACCCGGGCUUGGGCCAGCACCCCCAGGAGGAAAUUUCCCAAAUCCAAUCCCCCCUCGGGGAGGUGCGCCGGAUCGACCUCGACACCGAGGUGGCGGCGACCAACGUCGAGCAGGCGCACAUACAGAUCAAAAAGUUCCAAAAGCACAUCUCGGGCAACCGCUCCCUGAUCAUCAAGUCGUUCCUCGUCCUCUUCUUCUUCAUAGUGCUCUUUGGGACCGUGCUCCGGUGA